UGAAUAUAACCUCCAAAUCAAUGUGAUACCGCCAUUUGCCAGGUUUCUUCAUGAGCAUAAACGAAUAACCGCAAAUUUGAUAUUUUUGACAAGAAAUAGUAUAUACGUGAUAUUUUUUUGCAAUAACAGAUAUGGCAUCUGCAUUGGAAUCUAUGGUAGUUGAUGAAAAACAACUUCCAGAAAAGCCAGUGGACAGAGAGAAAACAUGUCCACUUUUAUUAAGAGUCUUUUGCAAUACUGGGCGUCAUCAUAACAUAAUGGAAUAUAGUAGAGGGAAUGUUCCUUCAAAUGAACUACAAAUCUACACAUGGAUGGAUGCUACUUUACGAGAAAUUACAGGAUUAGUUAAAGAAGUUAAUCCAGAUGCUCGUAGUAAGGGCACAUACUUUGAUUUUUCAUUAGUAACUCCUGAAUUGCGUAAUUCUGGCUAUCGUAUGCGUGAAAUUGGUGUUACAUGCUCUGGUCAAAAAGGUGCUGAUGAUAACAAAACUCUUGCACAAGCUAGGUUCACAAUUGGAGAUUAUUUGGAUAUAUCAAUCACACCACCUAACAGAAUGAUGCAGCCAAUAAUAAGACGUGGAGGUUUGCGUCAAUAUUAAUACAAAAAACUUAAGAUUUAUAAAUUAUAAUAAAGAUCAUUAUUGUAAUAAUAAGGUCAAA